AUGGCAGCAACAACCACAGUUUGCUCAGUUUGCUCAAGACGUUUCCUCUCACAAAUACUUCUAAUCUCAAGAAGAUUUUCAUCAUCUGGAGGGUCGUCCGAAGCGUUCGAAGGCAGCUCAUCGUCGUCAGAAUCAGCUACAUCACAAUCACAGGAUUCUAAGCUUUCCGAUGGCGUCCCAAUUCCUAAAAAACCUCCUCUACACGGUUUGAAAGUCAUCGAACUCAGUGGUCUUCCGGCUAUAACCACCGGCCUGGCAGUCGUUCCGUAUUGUGGGUUGAUUCUGGCUGAUUUUGGAGCUGAAGUAACUGUUGUCAAAAAG